UUCAAGUUCUGUCCACUUUUUUGAAACCUGAUCGGUUUUCUUGUUUACGUUGACGGAGUAAAGAAGCUGUCUCGACUAUGUCUUAUUUACAACAACAGCAGUCUGAAGGGUCAGCGCCGAGGAGGAGUUCCUGAAGGCAGCAUCGCCCAGCCUUCAACCCUCUCCUGAGGCCUUACAUAAUGAUCCGUAGACUCCGCCCACUUUCUCAGCCUGCAAAAAGGCUGCCGUCCGAAAGUGAACAUCAUAUCGAGCUUUCGAGCACACGAGAGUAGGCGGCAGCAACCUGGAGAGCCACUCUCAGCACCCUUUAAACACACUGCGAAGGAACAAUAAAGGAAUCUCUCACUUCUUUUCGUUUGAGAACAGAGAGGAGUCGCAAAACCUGCAAAAAAUGAUUUUCGACAAGCUGAAAAAGUUUGACAUAGUCUUCGACUCUCCGGAGGUGGACUGUCCUCCUGUGUACAGCAGUGGGGAUGUUGUGUCCGGGCGGGUGGUGCUGGAGCUGUCCGGGGAGAGUCGGGUAGACUCCCUGAAGCUUCACGCUGAGGGUUUUGCAAAAGUGCACUGGACCGAGUCCCGAUCGGCGGGCUCCAGCACCGCGUACACCCAGAACUACGGCGACGAAGUGGAGUACCUGAACCGCAGAGAGGUGCUGCUGCAGGCAGGUCAGUCCAAUAACGGUGAAGUGACAGUCCUACCUGCUGGCAAACACGAGUUUCCAUUCAGCUUCCAGCUGCCAGAAGAAACUCUGGUCACCUCCUUCGAGGGAAAACAUGGCAGCAUCCGUUACUGGGUCAAAGUUAAGCUACACAGGCCGUGGGCCACAGUCAGGAAAAUCAAGAAGGAAUUUACAGUCAUCGAGCCCAUCGACAUUAACACACCAGCCUUACUGGCACCACAGGCGGGUACGAAGGAUAAAAUGGCGCGGGCGUGGUACCGCAGCUUUGGGCAGGUGUCGGUAACUGCAAAGAUUGACCGCAAAGGCUACACACCAGGCGAGGUGAUACCGGUCUUUGCCGAGUUCGACAACUCUACCUCCAGAUCUGUUGUCCCCAAAGCUUUUAUCAUUCAGACGCAGACGUUCAUCGCCCGCGGCACCAUGAAGCAGAAGCGCUCCGUCGUGGCCACGCUUUGCGGUGACAUCGUCGGUGCCAAACGUCGGGAAACCUGGCACGGCCGCGCCAUCAAAAUCCCACCUGUAGGUCCGUCCAUCCUGCAGUGCCGCAUCAUCAAAGUGGAGUACAUGCUGAAGGUUUGUGUUGAUGUACCCGGAACAUCCAAGCUGUGUCUUGAGCUGCCUCUGGUCAUAGGCACCAUACCCCUCCAUCCCUUCGGCAGCCGAACAUCCAGCGUCAGCAGCCAGUACAGCGUCAACCUGGAGUGGCUGCGCAUGGCCAUCCCCGAGCAGCCAGAGCCUCCUCCGGAUUACAGCUCUGUGGUGACCGAGGAGGAGGCCGAGCAGCGCCACAACGCCGUGGCCUCGCAACAGGCUGAAGACCUGAGCGGGAUCCUGGAGCGACCCCUAAUGGCUUUUGUCCAAGAGUUUCGCUUCAGACCUCCGCCAAUGUACAGCGAGAUUGACCCCAACCCUCAGCCCAUCAACAUGAGACCUCGCUGCAUGACAUGUUGAACCAAGAGCCCUGCCUGAGCUUCAAGCAGCCUCAUUAACGAAACAAAUCAAGAGAUUUGUCUUCUCCCGGAUUAUGUCUCUCUGAUUAAUAGCACUUGCUAACAGAUUGACUGGAGCGCCAGGAGACGGAGCUCACAGGAACUGGAUGUUAGUGGAGGAGGUGCCACUUUGUUUCCAGUCCAGUAAAGUGGAUGCUUUCCUGUUCUGGCUGAAAGGAAAGCAACUUCUCUGCUUUGGUUCCUGUCCUUCCCAAGUGACUUUUGGCUCCCUGCGUGGUGAGCUACAAAUACCUCCCAAUCAACGAUUCCCUAACGUGAAGAUAUCUCUAUAUUUUUUUGUGUUUUCAAGGAAUUUGGGACAUUUUGGUAAGGGUUGAGAUCACUUGAUAUUCACCAGGCGGAAAGUUGGAACUGAACCUGGCAUUCAGAUGUCUGAAAAAGGCGCUCUUGAUAAGAUGGCCGACUGUCAUCUUUGAGUGGCGUAAAGAGAGAAGUGCAAUUAUUUCCCGCAGUUUCCAACUUUCCCUAUGCCUGAGAUUUUUUAAAACACACAUCACUAUGCAUUGUGUGCCUACGGUGAUUUCUGUUACUCGAACGCAUACGUAGGUGUGACGGUGGAGCAGAAAAGUCAGAAAAGAAGAUGUAGACGUAUUUUAUGCAUGCAGGUAACAAUAUGUAAAAGGGAAAAAAAAUAUGUGUGCCUUAAUUAUCUGCAGUUGAAGUUUGCAUGAGAGUUUCAGGGAGCUGUUCUCUCGGACAGAGCUGGAUAGAGCUGAAUGUAUCCUGCAAGAACUUAGAACAAAAAAGAAGCAGUCAGCAUGUAUGUAGAUGUAUUCCAAGAGCCUUGUUGUGUUAACACAAGGCUCAAGGCACUGAAGUGUUAGAUAGCUAUGGUGUUAUAAUGCAGUGGUAAUAAAAUAGGGGGUUCCAGUUUGCUUAUAAAACUGCACAAGGCUCGUAGAUUAGCUCUCCCAGCUGCUAAACAAAAGGACAGGAGGAGUGGAGACCUCCGAGCUGUGUGGACUGAAUCUUUCGGUGGGAGCCAGAUGCCUCGGUGCUGUGGGUCAAGCCUUUAGGUGGAGAUGCCACUGAAACAUAGGGACAAAGAACAUUCCAAAAAAAAAAACCUUCUCAAGGAUUAUGUUUCUCCUCAACUUCCAAAAAAAAGGAGUUUCAGAAGUCUUCAGGUUCAGCUGUGUGACAAUGGCUGAAGUCGACGAAUGUAUUAUUUUUUUAUACAAGUGCAAUUGUUGAUUCACAGUAUUGCCCAAAUUUUUGUAAUUGUUUUUUCUAAUAAACAAUUUUUGAACAGA